ACCCAUUUCAGGAGUGACUGCCUCCGAGACUUACUGCGUUGUCAGAAAAACAAUGCAAAGCAAUAAGCUAGCAAAUAGCUGUAAUCUUUCAGUCGAUGAUGCACAAUCACCCAUUCAGCGAGUUGCAGGCCCGGCUGCAGCCUGGCAGCCUCAUCGGUCUCUGGUGGGAGCGAACGAUCAAGUCGCCCCGGCAUCUAACAGAUGACACCAGGAUGAACGGCGAGCAGAGAGUCGGUCGCACCACAGCAGCCAAGAGAGGAAGCACCGCCCUUAAAAGAUCCGGUGAUGACAUUGAGUACAACAGAUACACUGAGGACCACUAUAAUAGGGUCUUUGACUACCAGCGUGUUCCCUCAGUCCCGGUGGAAUCCAACACGGUCAAGCGGCUUCGUCCUUCAUCAUCCUCCUCCUCCUCUUCCUCCUCCACAGUGGCUCUGAGGAUGAAGAGCAGCAGAGCGUCCAGUGGGAGCAACAACACACUCACCACUUCCUCCGGCAGCAGCAACACUAAAUUGAAGAUGGCUGAGCUUUUUGCCAUAAAGAGAGAGUUGACGGUAAUCAAGGUUCAGAUUGACGGUCUGUUGGACAGUGUGGACAAGAUGGACAGACAGAGGAAGGACUGUUCAGAGUGUCCUCAGAGCAGCGAGCCCAGUGUGUCAGGUUCUCCUCACCACGGUUCAGUCAGCAGUCUGGAGAGAGAAAGUCCUGAACCAGGAGAGGCCAGCGAAGAUGAGCCACUGCACUGCCACCAUUACUACCCCCACAGGAUAAAGCAGUAUCAGUCUGAUCUAGAAGACGACCUGUGAUGCUACAGCCCAGACACAGAAGCUUGAACAGCUGGGAUUGAAGAUGCUUCAAGGAGAUAGAUUUUAUUAUUUGAAUUCGACAUCAUCACUUUUUAAUUGAGGUUUUUCAGUCCAUAAAAAAUGCACGGUGCAUGGUGUGAUGCUCCAUCUGUAAACCACCAUAACAACUACGUGGAUGAAUUACUCCCUUUCAGGCAGCUAUUGAUUUUAACUAUAUUAUCAUUGUACUCUGUAUAAAUUCAAGGGCAGAAACCUGAGACGUUCUUCAGCUACUUCAACAGAUAAUUAACUCUGCUAAUUAUUAUAUUUCGGUAGCAUUGCCCAUGGAAGACACAGAUUCAGUAUAUUUCUGAACAAUUGUCAACCUUGCAAGAUUGGGGACUGUCAUUGUACUGACACUACAGGAAACUGAGCAGCAUUGCGGAGGUUUUUGCUCUCCCUAGAAUUUGACAUGUUCAGUGAUAAUCCAAAAGUAAACUGAUGACUUGUGUUUUUGCAGAACUUUGAGUUGUCGCACAGUCUCUGAAAUAUGAUACAGCAACCAAAGGAUAUCACCUAUUCUAUUAUGUUCAGUACAUAAUACACUGUAAACCAUAUCACUGUACUAUAUUACAACUAAAUAGAACUCAUAUUGACCCCGGGUAUCACACUCUGACCAUGUUAUAUUUGUUAUCGUUCGCUUUCAAUGACAAUGUGUGAAUAAACCAGUGUGGCAGCUCCUUAUCACACACUUCAUUUUCAUCAUUAUAUGUCACCAGUUAGGUAUCAAGCUCAGUUUUACAACUCCUCGUCAAAUUCACUCAGGACACCACUGACUCUGAAACUUUCAUGAAAUUAUUAUUAACCCCUCUGAAAAAUAAUGGCCAUUAGUUUCUGCUUUAAUCUACAGCUUUAUCAAUUAACUUUUGUCAGCCUGUCUCUUCUUUCAGUGUAUUUCUAUUAAGUCACCAAUCUGCUUUACGACACAGUAUUUUAUAUUUCAUAUUUAGUGUGAACACCAUUGGCAUCAUUUUGUCACCAUUAUUAUUAUUUGUAUUCUGGGUCAUUGACUGAUUUUGACGAUGAAUCACAGCCAGCAAGACACGACACAUGAAAACUUUUCCUCCAGCAUCUUUACCCACCUGGACAAUACUGUGUACUGUAAAUAUGUUCAGAACUUAUGUAAAGGAAAAAAAAUGUAAAAUAUGUAUGUGUACAGUAGUGGCUCUCUUUAUACUAAAACACAAUUUCCAAGGUUAUAAAAAAAAAAGGAUAAUGAUUUAAUAAGUAAUUGUGCAACUGAAUCAUUUUGGAAAAACAUACACUGACACUUCAUUUGGCUUCAGUGUAGCUUCUGCUGUUGAUGCUUUUGUGUUUGUUCUCAGUGCUGAAUGUAUUGUAUUUGAAUGUGAGUGUAGUAAAAAAUGUUUUUAUAAGUAAGUGUGUUGCAGCUUUGCACUUAUAAUAAUAACAAUGGGUUGUAUAUGAUUUAAAUCAGGACUAGGAAGCAUUCUCCUUUUACUUGUUCAUGAGUAACAACAGUAGUUUUUCCUCUGAUCUUAAGUGUGAGGUCUAAGGUCAAAUGUCAGUUGGCCUUUUGGACAGUAAGGUUUAUCUUAUCUUAUACUCACAACACUCUCUGUUCCAAUCGCCUGGGGUUUCCCUCUGACUCUGUGUUUUUUCUUUUGGUUUAUCUUUCUAUCUCUCUCUCUGUGCAUGAGUGCUUUACAACAGGAAUGUUUAAAUCAACUCUGAUGUAAAAAUUUGACUUAAACUCCAUCACAACAUCUAAUUGUAGACUAUUACUGUUUCCUGGUCAUUUUUGCUAAAGCCUGUUAUCGUCUGCCCUCCGUCCUCCCUGCCAUGAUUCCAGUCUUUAUUCUAAUCCUCAAUAAUCUGAUGUGUAAAUAUAUAAACUUUGAAUAAACUCAAACCUUUAGUUGAAACACUUUCACAUCCUGAUGGCAUCAAUUAAUAAAGGUGUCUGAGGAAUAAGUAAAAACAAAUACUUCUAGUGUUUGGGGGGCCAGAGCUUUGAUUUGAGGGUUAGUUGCACUUUGUCAAAAUGGAGUUUGCUAUUAUGCUGUUUUCCACACUUACCGAACCCUGGCUCUAAUCAAGUAUUUAGCAAAUAAAUGCUUUUGGUGCUUCA